AUGCCUGCUGCCGGCACUACAACUUCCAAGAAGCCACCGUCGAUGAGGGCAUUGACGGCACGGAUGAAGGAAAUCCAAUUGUCCUUCAAUGACAUCUGGCGGUUUGUGCAGGUGUUCAAGGAAUCCCAUACCGCUACUGAUGUCGAUGUACGCCUGUGUAAGUUAGACGAGCUUUGGGAAGGUUUCAGUGAAACUUUGGUUGAAAUCUUUUCCCAUGACGACUACAAUGCUGAAGGGAACUCUUGGGAAAAGGAGCGUAUGGAGUUCAGUGACCGGUACUACGAGGUCAAGUCCUUCCUUAUGGACAAGACCAAGGAGCUGCAGGAGCCGAAUCUGCUGGAGCAGUCCCUCCGAGCUGGUGAUUCGUCAAUGCGGGGCGGUAUCGAUCACGUCCGUCUACCACAGAUUAAGCUGCAGACAUUUAACGGCGAUAUAGACGAAUGGCUGAGUUUUCGGGAUCUGUUCACCUCGCUCAUCCACUGGAAACCGGAUCUUCCUGAAGUGGAGAAGUUCCACUACCUGAAGGGAUGCUUACAAGGAGAACCCAAGAGUCUGAUCGAUCCGCUUCAGAUUACUAAGGCCAACUAUCAGGUGGCAUGGGAUUUGCUGUUGAAGCGGUACAACAACAGUAAGCAGCUGAAGAAACGGCAGCUGCAAGCACUCUUCAACCUUCCCACCCUUCCUAAGGAAUCCGUUACCGAUCUGCACGUUCUCAUUGAAGGUUUUGAGAGAAUUGUGCAGACUCUUGACCAGAUCAUUCAGUCAGCCGACUACAAGGAUCUUCUGCUGGUCAACAUCCUCACUACACGAUUGGAUCCGGUCACUCGGAGGGGUUGGGAAGAGUUCUCAGCUAUGAAGGAGACAGAUACACUUGCAGAUCUGUUUGACUUCUUGCGGCGUAGACUCCAGGUUUUGGAUUGCUUGCCAACCAAGUCUGCUGACACUAGGGGUGCUCAGCAGCAGCAGCAGCAAAUUCAAGCGAAGCAAAGGCUUCCACCAGUGAAGACAAGUUACAGUUCAACCCAUAUGUCUGGAGGACGCUGUGUAGCUUGCUCAGCAAAUCAUCCGCUUUACCAGUGCAGUGCAUUCCAGCGCAUGGAAGUUACGGAGAGGGACGGCCUUCUGAAAACUCAUUCCCUCUGCCGGAAUUGCUUCAGAACGGGACACCAAGCCAAAGAGUGCCAAUCCAAAUACUCUUGCCGGAGCUGCAAGGGCCGGCAUCAUACUCUUGUGUGCUUCAAGUCAGAAAGGGAUACGGAUAAGGACACGAAGGUUGCGGCAGUUGCUAGGGGCAACAAGCCUUCUGUUCCCACUGAAUCAUCAAAUACUUCAUCCCAAGUGGCUAACGUGGCAGCCACAGAAGUUUUGGUUGCUGGUGCGGCUCACCAGUAUUCAUCCCAGGUUCUUCUGGCUACAGCAGUCGUCGUGAUCGAGGACGACGAUGGCAAUCGGUUCCCGGCGCGUGCGCUGUUAGAUUCGGGAUCGGAAAGCAACUUCGUGACUGAGCGAUUAAGUCAGCGCAUGAAGGUAACUCGAAAUCGAGUGGAUAUUUCUGUCGUCGGAAUUGGACAAGCAGCUACCAAGGUCAAACACAGGAUACAAGCGGUUUUACGGUCCCGGGUUUCUCAAUACUCAAGAGAGUUGAGCUUCCUAGUCCUCCCAAAGGUAACGGUCAACCUUCCGACCACCACUAUUAACACCGAUAAGUGGGCAAUUCCGGACAAUAUCCAGUUGGCAGAUCCUGCAUUUUUCGAAUCUAAGGUGGUGGAUCUUGUACUCGGAAUCGAAGCGUUUUUCGAUUUCUUCGAAACCGGAAGGAGAAUUUCCCUGGGGGAACAAUUACCGACUCUUAAUGAUUCCGUAUUCGGCUGGGUCGUAUGCGGAGGAUUUUCGGUUCCUAGUCGAUCACUGCACAUCAACUGCAAUAUGUCGACAACGGAGAAUUUGGACGCAUUGAUGUCUCGAUUUUGGUCUUGUGAGGAAGUCGAGUCUGGCAACACAUUUUCGCCGGAAGAGAAACGCUGCGAAGAGUUGUUUCUGAACACGGUUAAAAGGAAUGAAACCGGUCGGUACACAGUCUCCCUACCUAAGGAUGAAGACGUUAUCUCAAGGUUGGGCGAGUCAAGGGACAUCGCACUCCGACGCCUUCAAGGAACUGAGCGUAGGUUGGCUAGGGACGGAAAUCUACGGAAGCAGUAUACUGAAUUCAUGGAGGAGUAUCUGCAUCUGGGUCAUAUGCGGAAGGUCGAAGAAGUUGCUACUGAUUCAGUUAAACGGUGCUAUUUGCCACACCAUCCAGUGGUAAAGGAUUCCAGUACCACUACCAAGGUACGGGUGGUAUUCGACGCUUCCUGCAAAACUUCUUCCGGACUAUCACUAAACGACGUGUUACUGGUGGGGCCGGUAAUACAGGAGGACCUCCGUUCCAUUAUCCUACGCAGUCGGACAAAACAAAUCAUGCUCGUGUCCGACGUGGAAAAGAUGUUCCGACAAAUCAACGUUUGCCCAGAAGAUCGACCGUUGCAGUGUAUUCUCUGGCGCAACUCGCCUGCCGAGGAGAUAUCCACCUACGAGCUCAACACGGUAACAUACGGUACUAAGCCAGCUCCAUUUUUGGCCACCAGAACGCUAAAACAAUUAGCGCUAGAUGAGGAGGAGCAGUAUCCACUAGCGGCCAAGGCAGCCAUCGAGGAUACCUAUAUGGAUGACGUCAUCACAGGAGCAGACGAGGUAAAAACUGCAAUUGAUCUGUGA